GGAAAACUUUCAAAAUAAAACUAUGACGAGCAACAGAAGGUCAUUUCCGGUUCCUGUCGGCCGUCAACAGUUUGUCGGAGUUUGUGUCCCAUCGACGAUAACACGCCCUAUAACAUGGCUGGGAGACGAGGUGCACUGAAGGCCAUUGACUGGCUGGCUUUUGCAGAGAGGGUGCCACCCAGCCAGAGGACCAUGUUCAACAACCUGAAGACACGGAGUGAUGCUAUUUCUGCAAAGCUCACCUCUCUGCCAGAGAAACCCGCCACCAUUGACUGGAGCUACUACAGGUCUGCUGUGGCUAAAGCCGGCAUGGUGGAUGAGUUUGAAAAGAAGUUCAGCGCCCUGAAGGUUCCUGAGCCUGUAGACACUCAGACAGCUCUUAUCAACGCCCAGGAGGCAGAAGCGAACAAAACGGCUGCUGCCUACAUUGAAGCAUCCAAAGCUCGUAUCGCCCAGUAUGAAAAAGAGCUGAACAAAUUCAAGAAUAUGAUUCCCUUCGACCAGAUGACCAUUGAAGACCUAAACGAGACUUUCCCAGAAACCAAGCUGGACAAAGAGAAACAUCCUUACUGGCCACACAAACCCAUUGCUGAACUGUAAACGUAGCACCCUGACCAUAUUCUAUAUCAUCUAAGGAAAACCUGUACAGUAUGUGUAUAAAAGUCUUGUUUCAUCCAUUGAGAGUUAUAAAAUGACUUAAAUGUUGCUCCACUGUAAGAACUGAAUGAAUGGAGGGGGGAAAAAAUCAAACAUGACAUAUUUGUUCAAUUUC